GGGAGGCGAGGCGCCAUGGGCAUGCCACGGGUGGUGAGGGCGUCCAGCUGGAACCGCGGUCGCAGCCGCCGCCCCAAGAGGCUGGCACGAACAGACAUGGACCUGAUAGAGGUGCUGUGGAAGCAGGACGUGGACCUGGGGUUCUCCCUGGAGGAGCUGCAGCCCGCAGACAAGCCCGGCAAGAGCCCUGCAGACGAUGACGUCGCCACCCUGAAGGCCAUCGCCGCUAGCGACCCCAAACCGCGCUCUAAGAAAGACGAUGACAGUGAGGAUGAACGGACUUCUAACCCGGAUGACCCAUGGGCUGGCCUAUCGUACACAAUCGACUUGGAGACAGGAGAGUAUGUGCUCAAGGAUAGUCUAUGUGAAGAACUCAGUAACACACCCGCAACCAUCUUAGUUGAUGAAGCACCAUCUUCACUGCUUGAUCUUCAGGAAUUCUCACUUGAAGAGGCAUUACAGCUUGUGGGACUGAAUGAAAGUUCCACAGAGCCAACAAAGGAGGAAAGUCCACUCUCAGAGCCAGUAAUACCAGCACCACCUGCAAAGACUGGCACUGAUGGAGAUGUGAAGAAGGACGCUGCUGAGAAAGAUCCAUUGGAAACCGCCUCAACACCCUCAACAUCAGACGAGGAGUUGGGCGACAUGAUACAAACAGCGCAGUUCCAUCACCCACACCCCCAUCCACGAUCCUUCCAGGGUCGUGUGCCGGUGGUGCGCACAGCUAGUGUUGAACAGCGCUGGCAAGACUUGGCAAACCUGCUGAGCCUACCUGGAGAAGGUGUUCCUGGCCACACAAACUACCCUCAUCAUCAUCCUCAUCACCCACAUGCACACCAUCCACAUAUUGGCUAUGGCAGCAGUACAGCUGGAGGUGCUGUUGGUGGUUAUGGAGAUACUGCGAGGGGAGUCCUGCUGCACAAUGCCACGCUUGCUCCACCUGUUGGGGACAUGAACGCCACAAGUCCAUACCAUGGCCAUUCUGUUGGAAGCAAUUCAAACCUUGGAACUGCCGUGGCUGCGUCAAUGAACCUGACAAACAGCAGUGAACCAAUGGGAGAUACAGGCUCUACUGCAUCAUAUAAAAUGGAGUCAUCACAUGACAUGAUGUACUAUCAGAAUACCACCACUGAAAUAAGUCAGACAACAGAGGGAUUUUUGUCAUCCAUACUAAAUGAUGAAGAUUUGCAGUUGAUGGACAUGGCAAUGAAUGACAGUAUGUACACGAUGCGCAUGCUGGACUCGACGGGCAGCCCGACUUCUGCGUCGAGCGCCGCCCACGCAGGGGCGGCGGCUGGCGGGGCGACGACUGUGGCCGCUUCCGGCCCGGGGGCGGCGACGGCGGCGUCAGCUGCAGCUGCUGCUGCUGCGGCGGCGGCGGCUGCAGCGGACGAGCGCAUGGACGCGUCCAGCGACAGCGCCGUUAGCUCCAUGGGCUCCGAGCGCGUGCCCUCGCUGUCUGACGGCGAGUGGAUGGAGACUGGCUCCGACUCGGGACACACGGCCGGCGACCACUACGGAGCCGCCGACUACCACGCCAGCAAGUACAGACCUUACGACUACAGCUACUCUGGUCGCCAGCACUCCAGUUCUGUCAGCACUGCCGAGACACAGCACCGUGUGCCACCCAUGGCUCAAAAGAAACAUCAGAUGUUUGGAAAGCGAUGCUUCCAGGAGCAGGGUGCAGGAGCAGCUUCUUCCUUGGGCAGCCAUGGAACAACACCGAGUCUGCCACCAGCGCCUGUAAAGUAUGAGUUCAGUGAGGCAGUACCUGCUGGUGGAAAUGCAUUUGGCACCCCAUUGGAAGCUGGAGUUGCUGCUGCCAAGGCACCAGAGAUGAAAUAUAGCUGCAGUGUUGAAUUUGCAAGGCAUCACCCAGAUGUAAGACCAUCUAUUGACCACAUACAGCACAAUCAUUCAUACCAUCUUCCUGCAGAAAGCACAGGAGCCAUGCAAAGACCUGUUUCAAGAGACAAACAAAAAGGUCGUAAAUCUGAUGAGGAACAUCUGAACAGAGAUGAGAAACGGGCACGAGCAAUGAACAUUCCAUUGCCUGUGAGUGACAUCAUCAAUUUGCCAAUGGACGAAUUUAAUGAGCGAUUGUCAAAAUACGACCUCAGUGAGGCACAGUUAUCACUCAUAAGGGACAUCAGGAGGAGAGGAAAGAACAAGGUUGCAGCACAGAACUGCCGUAAACGGAAGCUAGACCAGAUUCUCAGUCUUGCAGAUGAGGUCAAAGAAAUGCGUGAUCGGAAGAACCGCCUGAUGCAGGAGAGAGAUUACAUGUUGGCAGAACGUCAGCGUGUCAAGGAGAAGUUCAGCCAAUUGUACAGGCACAUCUUUCAGCAACUGCGGGAUCCUGAUGGCAACCAGUAUUCAAUGUGUGAAUACAGCCUUCAGCAGUCUGCAGACGGCACAGUACUGUUAGUGCCUCGAGCAAAUGCAACUGCCUUCCUGGACCCUGAAGCCACUACUGCUGCUGCUUCGUGCAGGAAGCAUGAGGAAGAAAAGGAGUGACCUCAUGUUGCUGUAAGCUCAAACCUGCUCAGAUCAGAAGCGUGACAACUUCAAAAUUGGACACUGGAGCAGGUGCAAAUUCACAGAUGCCUGUUUAUCUUGUGAUUCAUUGUGUUUCUGAAAGUAAAUCUGUAACUGUAAUUGAGAUCUCACAUGACAAGUGGUGUUAUUGGAAAAAAUAGAGACAUUUCAAAUCGGACUGUACUAUAAAAAAUAGAGUUGUAUAUUGAAGGUUGUGCCUGUACAAAUAUAUCAGACAUCGCGAAGAGUGAGUCCCCAAUGUUAUUGAUGGUUACAUACAAAUAUAGUGACAAUAUGAAUAUGGGAUUGCAAUCAGUGGAAAAUGUUACAAGCCUAGAUUGGUGAAAAAUUAAGUGUGCAUGUGUAAAAAGGUAAAUUAUUGGUAACUAAAACUACAUGUUUUUUUCAAACCAAAAGUGGGAAUUAAAACUAAUACCUUUUUAAAUAGGAGUGAAUUUUACUGUAUGAUAUGCGAGAAUUAUAGUGCUUGUUGGCAUCCAUUAUUGCUCUUUUUAUAAUGGCAUUUAACAUUUCUGUUAGAAACUUAGCAUUAAGUAUUUUAAUAUAUUUUUAUGUACAAUUUUCAUUAAUAUUCUUCGAUAAACUAUACUUUUAAGAACAAUUUUGAAGUGAAUUCUGAAUAAGAGAAAAGCGUCUGGGCAAGUAUUGUCUUCUAAAACAACUGAAGUGAGUGUACAGAAAAUUGUGGAGGACAGAGCUAGUGAAUAAAAUAUUGUGCCUUCUUUAAAAUUUAAAUUUUUCUUGAGACUAGUUUCUUAUACUAUACAGUUUAUUUGAAGAAUAUCACAGUGCAAUUUAGUGAAAUACUAUUUAAAUAAUAAAGAUUCAUGAUGAAACAUACUGAUUUUCAGUUUGUUACUCUGUGCUAUUUAGAAAUUUAAAAAGUUUACAAAAACCCAUAAUACGUUAUGUCCAUUGAUGAUGCCAGUGCUGAUGAUCAGUGAUUUUUCUUAGUAGUGUGUAUGUGAGGCUGUGAACUCACUUCAUUCAGUACAUAUAGUUUUAAUAUGUUUUAAGAUUUCUUGUGAUUCAGUUUUGUUGAGAAUAUUAGGUAAUCUUGAAACUAAGGAAUAGCAAAGUAGCUCAGCUAACACAAAGGCCUUAAUAUACAUUGCUUCAAUCAUGCUCACCUUUUAUACUUACAAAACACAUAGUGCUUUUGAGACUUUUUUUAAACAGAAAGGAAAGUUAUUUACUGGUCUGUAUUGUCCCCUGGUGGAAAUAGAGUUUACAAAUAAAUUUAAUAAAAGUGUGAAUAUACAAUUAUUUUUAUAUAACUCAUUAAAUGGGAUCAUACGGCUAGGUCAUUUAUCUCAAUGUAUAUACAAUUUGAUUGAUGCAGAUAUGUGUACAUUUCAUAUUUUAUAAAGAAUAGAGAAUAAUUCUUAGGCAGUUGACAUCAUGUUUUGAUAUCAGCAUUGUAAAAUAGAGCAGUUGCUCUACCUGUAUCAUGUCAGAAUGUAAAGCAUACAUGCUAGUACUGUUCUUUGGAAAUCCACAUGUGCAGAGAAGAGUUCUUUUUUUCCUUUCUGUGUGUUGCACAACAUUAUGUCCGAUGCAGUUGGUAAAAUUUCUUGUGAAUGCAUACUGCUAUGCAUAUAUUGUUUUAUGUUCUUAAAACAUUACAACUAAUUGCUGUAAAGCACCAAGUGCUUUCAACACUUCAUAACAACUUCCAAAUAUUUAUUAGUGCAUUUAAAUUCUUAGCUCACUGGGUUUCUUUAUGGUAAAAAUAUGGAAAGAUAGUGGACUACCUGUGUGAAUCAUUAACACACAUUGUAUAUCUCUCUUUGAAUGUCAUUUAAAAUAAAAAAGUGAGUUUUAUACAUUGUUUCUUGUCACUUUAUACCUACAUUGGACAUUUGCUUUACUUGGAACCCAGUGUAAUCUCAUGACUGUGGCUGUGACAAAGUAAACAAAACAAAACA